CUAGGGCUGCGCCCAGCGGGGAAUGGCGUCCGCGCAAGGCGGUCCGCAGGGGGCCUGUGCUGGGUCCUGGGCCGGGGUCGGGAGAUUGGCGGUUCGCCGGGGCCGGGGGUCGGGACAGGCGGGUCCGCUCGCGGCCUCUCGCUCGCAGCGGCGGCUGGCGCCGGCGAGGUCCGCGAGGAGAGGAGACGCAGCCCCGCGGCCGGAACGCUCGGCUGGACGGCGGCCCGGGCCCCCGCCCCUGCUCAACCGGCGCGAUGCUCUUCUCGCUCCGGGAGCUGGUCCAGUGGCUGGGCUUCGCCACCUUCGAGAUCUUCGUGCAUCUGCUGGCCCUGUUGGCGUUCUCCGUGCUGCUGGCGCUGCGUGUGGACGGCCUGGCCCCCGGCCUCUCCUGGUGGAACGUGUUCGUGCCUUUCUUCGCCGCUGACGGGCUCAGCACCUACUUCACCACUAUCGUGUCUGUGCGUCUCUUCCAGGACGGGGAGAAACGGCUGGCCGUGCUCCGCCUCUUCUGGGUCCUCACAGUCCUUAGCCUCAAGUUCGUCUUUGAGAUGCUGUUAUGCCAGAAGCUGGUGGAGCAGUCUCGGGAGCUCUGGUUCGGCCUCAUCACCUCUCCGGUUUUCAUUCUCCUGCAGCUGCUCAUGAUCCGCGCCUGUCGGGUGAACUAGACCCGCAGAGUGGCGGGGAGUUAGCGCAGGAUGGCUCGAAUGCCAGGACAGCUAGAAUGCGGGAUCCCAAGCCCAGGUCCCACUUCUGCUGCUCCAGAGGAGAGUGUCUGAAGGCAACACCUGCUUGUGUCCUGCUGAGUGCCCGGUUUUCUUUGUACUGAUCACGUCAGAAAUUGUUUCCACUGGUGGUCCUAAAAUGUAAUGCUUGUUUCAUGCUUUGAGUUGCAAAUCCUAAAUUGACCUGAGAAGGGUCCCAGGCCAGGCUCCUCUGACAGUUGGAAAUUGCAUCCAAGUAAAAUGUACUGAUGAGAUCUGAGGACUUUCUGUGGAUUCUGGGAAACUACUCCCUGUCCAAAGGCUGGAAAGCUGGACACAGGGAUUUCUUCUGGGCAGAAUUCAUUAAGUGCUUGCAGUCUAAAGAUUGUCUAUGAGCUUACACCUUUUCCUCUGUGUUCCAGCGGAGGGGGUCCUUUCUUCAUUCCAGCCCAGGUAGAGACAGGAAAUAUGCCCGUAAAGGGCAUGAUGGAAACCCAGGCGCUGGACAUCUGUCACCUGGGGAAGGAGCUGCUUUCAGGGCGCUGCUUGGCUUCCUGUCCCAGCAAACAUUGCCGUUCCUCGGCUUUUCCACCACUUUGUGGCCGGCGCUGUUCGCACACCAGAGAGGAACUUAGGUUUUGUGGGACCGGAGAGAGGGGCUGGUGCACUGAUGCUCAUAAGCAUUGAGACGUGCAAAUGUGAAGUGUGCAAGUGGGCCUCUGGGCCCUAGAAGCUGACCCUCUCCAAGUCAUGUCUGCCUGACAUCUUUCGUUUGAAGCCAGUCAGGUGCCAAAGGAGAACAUUUGCUGAGAUGAAAAUAAAAUGAGAAUGUUUUCCUGAAACGAA